AUGGAGUUUAUCCAGCCCUUGACUGAAGUGUUGGCCGAACUCCUAGCCAAACUGUUUCACCAGCCACUGUUCGCAGGGGAGUUACCCACGGACUGGAAGUUAGCCGAGGUUGUUCCUAUACACAAGGGGGAGAAGGAGAAACGUCAACAACUACUGGCCAGUGAGUCGGUUAUCAGUGGUCCUAAAGAUCAUGGUGAGGAUAAUUAG